UUAUCAGUUGCUCCGCGGUAAAGGAAGGCUACAGCAACCAGGUGGCUGCUAUUAGUACGGCGCAUAACAGUUUUCGACAAAUAUUCUCCCGUAUAAAGUGUGCAUUUGUGACUCGGAAUCCGGUUGAUUGAACAGAAACUAACGUGCGACACACGAAAUAUGGCUACAAUUCCGGUUUACUCUCCCGUCAUUCCGUUUCUGGGGCUUAUUCCCGGGGGACUACAGCCGGGCCGGAUGAUUCGUAUCAAGGGCAUCAUUCAAAAUCACGGCGAGCGCUGCCAGAUUCAUCUGCAAACCGGUGCCGCACUGAACCCGCGGGAUGACUGUCCGCUGCACAUCAGUAUCCGGCCGCAUGAGUUCGUGAUCGGGCGUAAUUCGAUCCAACGGCAGGUGAUCGGUGCCGAGGAGCGUCACGGUGGCUGUCCGGUCCGGGUAGGCGAAAGUUUCGAUCUGCUCAUUCUGGCCGAAGCGACCCAGUACAAGCUGGCCAUCAAUGGGGUACACUUCUGUACCUUCAGUCACCGGUUGCCGUUGUACAACGUGAAGUUCAUCUCGGUCAGUGGUGGCUGUGUCAUUUAUUCGAUUCAAUCGGAAGCCGACUCUGCGAUCGGUUCGCUUCCAUCUAAUCCGUAUCCACCGAUUGUGCACCCGCCAGCGGCACCGUAUGCGCCACCAUCGCUGGGUUUCGUACCGCAGGCCCCGUUGCCUCCGCCGCCGCCCUACACACCCACUCCAACGUAUCCGCCGAUUGUCGGUGGCGGUGGUGGUCACUAUCCAGGACAGGGAUGGCCACCAGCCUCUGUACCACCACCACCGCCACCACAGCCAGCCUAUCCGCAUCCAGUCUACCCAACGCCACCAUCGCACCACCCACCGGCCGUGCCCUUCUCGAACGAAGGUGCUGGUCCGUCGGCGAAUCCUGGGAAAAAGGUGAACAAAGUCAACAAAACCUUAUUCUCGAAAACGCAGCAUUUUUUCCAAAAUGGGUUCCAUGAAAAAUGAUCGAGUCAGGAGCGAAAAUCAUUUCCGGUUCCAGGGUUUCACCAGAAAAGGAAAACCAAGAAAUUAUUAAAAUAUGGAGCCUCGGCUGGAGCUAUUGGACUUGGAGGCUACGUUGCAACGAGAGCUUUCCGUCACAAGCGCAACAGUAGUAGUAGCAGCAGUAGCAGCAGCAGUAGUGACAGU